GCGCCUCUCCCCAAUUCUCGGCCAGCCCUCAGUCAGGCUGGUGGUCUUGUCCCCGCCGCGUCACACCACAGCCACACACGGACAGAGCAUCGCGUGCGGGUUAAAUCUGCACCCUCCUGCACCUCAGCAUUACUCCUUGUCUGGCGCAGGAGCUGUUCUUCUUGAUCCGUUCACAGGCACACACAGCGACGCCGAGACGCACACACACAUUCGCCAAUAUGGGAUGCGGAGCGUACCGAUGGACGGAGAUCGUGGUGGCCACCCUGCUGGGCCUGCUGGCCGCCGUGGCAGCAGUGAUCGGCUCCGUCACCUACCACCAAUGUACCGAGAAUGGCUGGAUUGACUACUGGCUCAUGUUUCACGGGGUGAUCACGCUGGGAGCGCUGAUGGGCAUCAUGAUGUGGCGACUAGUGCCCAUCCCUGGACGGUACAUCAACGCCCUCGCCUACCUCACGGGGUUCCUGAUCUUCCUCAACCUUGGGUGGCUGCUUCUGGGCAACGUGCAAAUCGCUCUCGCGUAUUUGGUCUGUAACGAUGGUCUCUCUCCUGGUGUUUACCUUGACAUCCUCCUUGACUGCUCCUCCAAUCUCCUGCCGUUUAUGUUGACUGUUGUCAUCAUAUUCGACGUCUUCUACAUCAUCCUGCUGGCGAUGUUGUGCGGCCAGGCCUGUAACUGGGGCCCUGAAACUGAGGAAGAAGACACUAUCUCAUAUCCCAGUUUUUGGUGGAUUUUGGUGACGAUUGUCAUCGGGUGCCUCAUCAUAGCAGUGAUAGCGAUCGCCGUGGGCGCCACCUUCUUCCAUGACUGCUACGAUGAGGAAUGGGGCGCUAUAUGGCUCAUCGUCUACGGAUCGGCGAAAAUCGGCAUAGUGAUUCUCGGGCUGUUCUGGAUCCGGUACCGCCAAGACGCCUCCAAGAUGUGGUCCUCGCCCACCUGCUACCUCAUCCUGCCCUUCUUCGUCUUCUUCCUCCUCCUGAUCGCCUUGUGGGUUAUUGGCAUGGUUCUGUCGGUCAACAUCCGGGAGGACAACUGCAUCGGAACAGCAGCCUGCAGUGACGUGCUGCAGGUGACGGAGAUCGUCAUCAUAUCCUUCUUCUACCUCAUCACUAUGGUCAUCGUCUACUACGGCAUUAUUUUUUUCCUGGUUGCUCUAUUCUUUUUUGGCGUCACCGUACUCUACUACUGCAGCACGGACUCAGAAGAAAACGAGAACGAAGUCAAGCCUGUUAAGCAGCAAGAGGUGUAGCCGCCAGCGACCCUCCUUUACACGACGAAACGGAGACAAUCCCACUUAUUGUCAGCCACCAUAUGAGGAUCUAUAUUUCAUGCACUCGCAGCAUCGACCACCAAAAAACUGAUGAGAUUCCGCACUUCCUGCCUGUCUGUGUGUCUGCCUGCAAGAGUACAAGUAAGCCAAGCACCGCCACAACCACCACCCCCAGGAGCAGCACAGCAACACAGCACCACACUCCCAUCUUCGCAUCACAGCAUCCGUCCAAGAUAUAAUUAUACUGAAUGAAGGAUUUUAUUACUAGUUUUGAUGACAAUAUGAUUUAAUCUUAUAUUUGACGCAUUCCUCUCUGUUUCUGUCUUUCUGCCUGUCUGUUUGUCUGCCUGCCUGCCUGCCUGCCUGCCUGCCUGCCUGCCUGCCUGACUCUCUUUCUCUCUCUCUCACUGUAUCCUUAACAUUUAUUACUUACGUCAAGUAUCAACUUACUUUCUCUGUGGUUGCCUUGCUUCCCCACAAACUACAUUUCUAGUCAAGUGUCGUACGCACAAAAUGUGACUGCAAAAAAGCUCGCUCGCUAUGUUUCGUCUUCACAUUAGAAGCCUGUUUUCUAGAUAUAUAUUACAUUUAAGAUUUCACUGCGUAUCUAUGUACAGAGCACUGUUUAAGGAGUUUUAUCUUAUCACACAGUUGUCAGUCAGUAAAAAUAAAAACAAAAUAUAAGACAAACGCAGCAAUGAAUAUUAGGUUCGUCAUUGUUGAAAGGCAGACUGGCGUAGUAAUAUUCAAUUUUGUUUCACCAUAAGGGUGCACCUUAUAUUGUUCCUUUCCUGAUUCAUAGACACAAGAGUCCCUUAUCUUUCCCUGACUCUUGUAGAACUAACAGAAAUAAAAUAGAUGAAUAAAUAAAUAAAAAUUAAUACAUAUAAAA